AGAAGAGAGCAGAACAAGAGGUGCAACUUGUUUGGUGGUGUCAGUGAACAGCAGAGCAUUUGGAAUUGUUUUUACUUCCUCGCUCUUUCUACACUUGGGUAAUGUGUGUUUGGACAAUAAUGGACUGUCUCUGGAAAGUUGUGUUGUGAUCUCACAACAUAUUGAAUCCAGAAAUCCUCGGUCAUAUUUGCAGCUAUCUUGUCUGACUUCUGAUAUGCCUAAAGAGGAAUUGUGGGUAGGGACAGCUGACCCGGAUCCCAGAGCAGUUGUUGGCAGUGCAGGCAGCUGUGACAGUAUGAUCAGCAACGACUCCAGCCAGUCUGAAAUGAGUGAUGGUGGCUAUGAACAUCUAUCUGUGGAAGAGAAAGAAUGCCUUAUGUUCCUUCAAGAAACACUAGAUUCGUUGGAUCACGAAGCAGACAGUGGGCUCUCUACUGAUGAGGCUGAGAUUGCUGAACUUUCCAGGCACCCACAGACGUGGCCUAAGAGAGACAAUCCCAAAGAACUGGACCAAGAAAGUCUUGGAAAGCAUCAAAAAAAUGAACAAUGCAAAAAAUGUGUGUCUGAUUCUGUUCCUGUUAUCACAAGUUCAGGCUAUCACAGCCUUCCAAGGAAUGUUGUUAUAAGACAGGUCUCCCAACCAAAUGAGGAUUCCCUCACAGAGGCAAGAGGCUUUAAUGAUGAUGAUCCCAAAAUUCUUCCUCAGUCACACCUGACCUCUCAGAGGUCACUUAAGCUUGGGACUGUGGACGUACCAAAUGACCAACCCAGUCUGAUAAAGACCUCUGAUUUGGAGUCUGUAGUCAUUCCACCCCCUGAGCCAUUUCAGGAUCAGUGGAGAAGCCACUCCACAUCAGGGCAGGAGUCACCACCGCCACUUAAUAAAGGUUCCUGCAAGGAUCUUGAAAAGGGGAUACCUUAUCACUCUGAAGUUAAGAGAAAUAUUGACAUCAUGGAGAGUCUUGCAGCUGCAGCUACUCAGCAGCAGUUUUCACCUGAGAAGGCGGGACCCACAUUUGGAAAACAAACUGUUCUAAAACCUCAGUCUCCUCAACCUAACAAGAAGAUAACUGAAAAUGCCCAAGACCAUUAUAAAAAACCUACAAUGGAAGAAUCUGCUCUGGACUCCAGCUUCAAGCAAGGUCCUCCCACUGCCCCAAAGCCCAGGAAGCUGCCACCAAAUAUUAUCCUCAAAACUAGCAAAAGCAAUGCCGUGUCACUUGCUGUAGAUUCUAGUCACAAGAUAAAAGUGCUUUCUCCAUCAAAUGGUAGACCCAGAGCAGCAACAGGUGAUUUUUCCACAGAAAAGGUACAUUGUCUCCAAAAAGAGCAGGACAGAGCCAGGCGAGAGGCUCUAGAGAAACUGGGUCUCCCACAAGAUAAAGAAAAAGACCCAGAUGAUCAAGGAACUCAAAACUCCAGUGUGUCAAAAUCAAGAGAGCCGCCAAGGACUAGCAGCAGAGAGAAUGUAAAUGUCGAUAACAUCUCUGUGAAUAAGAAACCUGAACAGCAGCAUAACCAAGUUGGAGGGAAAGGCAUCCACACCAUGGAGAUCAACAUUCCAGGUGUUAAACAGGCCAACUUCAAAUCCAACACACUGGAACGAUCAGGAGUGGGCCUGAGCAGUUAUGUUUCUUCAGGCAGUGAGGACCAGAAUAUUAAGAACAGUAGUUCACUUGGCAAAAUGUCUUUUUUGGACAAGAUAUCUCCAAGUUUUCUCAGGAAUAACCGACCACGUACAGCUUCCCUUGGCAUGGGGAAAGACUUCACUGAUCUAAAGGAGAACAGAAUGCAGAAUGCUGAGGUAGAAAAAAUUGAAAAGCGAAGAUCCUAUCCACUUCAGAGCCCUGCCAAGCUUCCCAGGCCCCCUUGUGUCAGUGUAAAAAUCACACCUAAGGGGGCUGCAGAUGAACACAGAAAGGAAGCUCUGAAAAAGCUUGGCCUCUUGAAAGAGUAAGAUAAAUGACUAACAAUGGGGAAAUGGUGUGUUCAGAAAGAUUUCUUGUUGCUCUCUCCACUAAAUUAAAACUUGACAAGCUGUAGUAGGAUUUGGUCUAGCAUGUAUGUAUACCCAGUGGGUCACCCAGUGCUGGUUUCACCUGGCAGCAUAAGAAUGAGCAUCCAGUGAAUCCAGUGUUUCUUGAGCAUCACAUUUUACUAUUUAGAUCAAAUGUUACCCCACUUAGAGUUUUGAUCAUCUAUGUAAAACUUCUCUGUGUAUGUGUUGUACAUACUGUAUAAAGUUAUGACUCUUUGUAUGUAAUAAGUAGAUGUUAAACUUGAGGGGGUAAAUGUCAGUGAUAUAGCUUAUAAUUACUAAUGCAAGCCACAAGCUCUGGGGCAUUUUGUCAUGACAGUAGUCCAUAUGGCUUUUACUUUUAUGUGACUGACAUGUGGAUUUUGACAUCUGGGCCAGUGUGGGGGACAACUGAAACCAGCAGUAGUACCUGCCUAGGCAACCCAUGGAUUAAAAAAUUCAUUGGGUACGUAUGAGUCCUGAACUCGUGUUUCUGAAAAAAACAAGUGCUUGGAUGUUCAAUAGAAUAUAGCUUCCAAAUGAUAAGAUAAAUAGCAAAACUGAAAUUGAUUUAGUCCAGAUAUUGCACCUGCUUAUGUGAACAAAUUAGGGAUGUUGUAUACUAAAUUCAUAUAGCUUUUAAAAAUGCUAAGUAUGUUUUUUUAAAAAAAUGAGUAAUAAAACUCUUUUAUACAUUA